GGUUAGUGAAAGAUAGGAGAAAUCGAAAUGGAGGGCGCUUCGUACUAGAGAUUCCCCAAAAUCAAAAUCCGGGAGGUGAAAGACGACUACAUGAAGUUCGAGCUGCGAGAGACCGACGCCAGCAUCGCCAAUGCGCUCCGCCGCGUCAUGAUCUCCGAAGUCCCCACCAUCGCUAUAGAUUUGGUGGAAAUCGAGGUCAACUCUUCCGUCUUGAACGACGAAUUCAUCGCCCACCGCCUUGGCCUCGUCCCUCUCAUCUGCGACCGAGCCAUGGCCAUGCGCUUCUCCCGCGACUGCGACGGCGAUGGCCAGUGCGAGUACUGCUCCGUCGAGUUUCAUCUCCGCGCGAAGUGCAUUAACGACUCAACGCUCGAUGUCACCUCCAAGGACCUAUACAGCUCCGACCACGCUGUUGUUCCCGUCGAUUUCUCUGAUGCUUCCUCCACAAUCGAUAAUACAGAGUCUCGGGGAAUUAUCAUAGUAAAGCUUUGUCGAGGUCAGGAGUUGAUUUUGAGAGCCAUAGCACGCAAAGGAAUUGGCAAAGAUCAUGCAAAAUGGUCGCCUGCGGCAACUGUCACUUUCAUGUAUGAACCUGAAAUCUAUAUCAAUGAAGAGUUGAUGGAAACCUUGACUAUGGCGGAGAAACAAGAGUUUGUUGACAGCAUUCCCACGAAAGUAUUUGACACUAACCCCCUGCAAUGGACAGUGCUCAAGAAAGCAGAGGCAAUGGGGAAACCCGACUUUGUUGAGAUCCAAGCCAAGGAAGACAGUUUCAUAUUCACCGUUGAGACAACAGGAGGCAUAAAAGCAUCACAAUUGUUAAUCAACGCCAUUGAGAUCUUGAAGCAGAAGCAGGACGUUGUUCGCUUGUCAGCAGACACUGUGGAAGCUGAUGAGCAGUUUGGUGAGUUGGGAGCACAUGCGCGGGGGCUGUGUAGCACCCCGGAAAAUUUUUGACUUUUUUUUAUUUGAUGGCUUAUUUUCGUUUUAUUAAUGUGGAUGUUGAUGCAUUUUUGGAAAUUG